AUGGCAAGUGACUCUCCGGCACGGCCAAGUGGCAAGCGCCAAGACACGCUCGACUGGGCGGAGUGCUUCAUGGCGAUGGCCUUCCUGGCCGCGAAACGCAGCAAGGACCCCUCGACACAGGUCGGUGCGUGCAUCGUGAACGAGGACAACCGUAUCGUGGGCAUCGGGUACAACGGAUUUCCCAAGGGCUGCAGUGACGACGAGUUCCCGUGGUCGAAAACGUCGGACAAUCCGCUCGAGACGAAGUACCUGUACGUGUGCCACGCGGAGGUGAACGCGAUACUGAACAAGAACAGUACGGACGUGCGGAACUGCACCAUGUACGUGGCGCUGUUUCCGUGCAACGAGUGUGCGAAGAUUAUCAUACAGUCCGCGAUACGGGAGGUGGUGUACAUGAGUGACAAGCACGCGCACAAGGAGCACACGAUCGCGGCGAAGCGGAUGUUCGAUGCGGCCGGUGUGAGGUACACGCAGUACAAGCCGCCCCACAAGCAGAUCGUGAUCGAUUUUACCGAAAUUGACUGGGACAGUUUGAAUCAGGUGCCGGCAACGCCGAAAAAGGACGACACCGUAACGGACGAGGUGGACAUGCGCAAGCUUUCCCUAAAGGAGCGCCUCUAAGGCGACAUACAGACAACGAAGGACGGAGGAUAGCGAGUGAGGGAGUGAUUAUAAGAGUGCUAUAAAUUUACCCAAAGAAGUGGUUUUUAUUUGGGCUUUACGGUGUUUCACAAUAUAGGUUCUAGAGCUUUGCGAUUUUAA